AAGAACAAACUUGAAGGAUUUAGACUUCACUUCCUGGUCAGUGAGGGAUCUCUGUGAGAAUGUGGCCUUCACACGGAACUUUCUCUAUCCUACCAUCUAAGGCUGCAUAUUUUCAUAGCUCCUCUGCCACCAUGAAGGAGGUCGUCCUUGUUUUGGUCAUCUCCGUGUGGGCUGCCUUUGCAGUUGAUUUCCCUCUUCCUACAGGCGCAGGAGCUCACCUCCAAGAGACGAAGGUGGAGUGCAGUGAGAAUAUAAAUAAGUGCUGGAUUUUCUCUUACAUCAAGCCAAGUGAACCCAUAUGUGGCAGUGACCAGAUGACUUACAGCAGUGAAUGCCAUCUCUGCUCCGAAAUUCUAUACAAAGGGCUUAAUAUAACUAAACUAUAUGAUGGACCAUGUGAAAACUCCUGAAUUUACCAUGAAGAGUUAUAGAUCUUGCUGAAUCCCCAGAUGAUUAAGGGAAACAUAAUGGUUGUCACUUCAAGUAUCAUCCUGUGGAGGAGAAUGCUGAUGCUGGAAGAAACCAAUGGUUAGAUGAUCAAACUCCUUGAGAUUUGCUUCUUCAAUAAAUGAUUCUCAGUAGAAA